AUGUCUGCUUCAAAUAUGCCUAAAAGAGUAAAAGGAGCAGCAAUUGGCAUUGAUCUUGGAACGACGUAUUCAUGUGCUGGUGUCUGGCUUUCCAACAAAAAUCGAGUGGAGAUAACACCUAACGAACAAGGAAACAAGAUCACUCCAUCUGUCGUAGCAUUCAACGACACAGAAGUCUUGGUAGGCGAGGGUGCAAAAAACCAAAUCGCGAGGAACCCUACGAACACCGUAUAUGGCAAGUUUAGUGACCCUCAAGUGCAGAAGGAUAUACAGUCGUGGCCUUUCAAGGUCAUUGAAGGACCUUCGGAGAAGCCAGCUAUUGUAGUCGAAUUCAGGGGUGAAGAAAAGAAAUAUGCACCUGAAGAAUUAUCGGCCAUGGUUCUCAAGAAGAUGAAAGAUGCUUGUGAAGAAUUUCUUGGGACGAAAGUCACUGAUGCUGUGAUCACUGUUCCUGCUUAUUUUAACAGCAUGCAACGAGAGGCAACAAAGGAAGCAGCAGUUAUAGCCGGACUAAAUAAGGAUAGGAACAUACUGGUAUUUGAUUUGGGUGGUGGAACCUUUGAUAUAUCUCUUUUGACAGUUGGUAACACAGGUGUUAUUGAUGUCAAAGCUGUUGGGGGCGACACUCAUUUAGGUGGUGAGGAUUUUGAUAUUAUGCUUGUUAAUCACUGCACUAAGGAAUUCAAGAAAAAACACAACGAGGACAUUAGCGGAAAUCCUAGAGCAUUAGCUAGGUUGAAAGUUGCUUGUGAGAAAGCAAAGAGAGACUUAUCAUCAACCACACUAAAUUCAAUCGAAAUUGAUUGCUUGUAUAAGCGCAUUGAUUUUUCCACUAAAAUCCUGACUUUAGGACCAGAUGGGAGAUCAGAAUUAGAGGUUUGCUUUAGUAUAGAUGCCAAUGGGAUCCUUCAAGUCUCUGCAGAGGAAAUAUUUACAGGUAAGCGAGGAAACAUUACAAUCUCUAAGAUCUGA